CGGCGCCCGCGGUCCCCUGCGCGGAUGCCACCCGGCGGGGAGGGCUUCGAGCCGGGACGCGGGUACCGAUGGCGGCCGCAUCGCGCAGACCCGCCCGCAGAUGCCUGCUCCGUGCCCGUCUCUGAGAUCAUCACUGUUGAGGAAACGGACGUCCACGGCGGACUCUCCGGCAGCGGAAAAUGGCAGAAGAUGGAGAAGCCCUUCGCUUUCACAGUGCACUGCGUGAAGAGGGCCCGACGUCACCGCUGGAGGUGGGCGCAGGUGACCUUCUGCUGUGCCGAGGAGCCGCUGUGUCACCUGUGGCUGCAGACGCUGAGGGAGCUGCUGGAGAAGCUGACGUCCAGACCAAAGCACUUACUCGUGUUUAUCAACCCGUUCGGAGGGAAAGGACAAGGCAAGAGGACCUACGAGAGGAAGGUGGCGCCGCUGUUCACCUUGGCCUCCAUCACCACCGAAGUCAUCGUUACCGAACGUGCGAAUCAGGCCAAGGAGAGCUUGUACGAGAUCAACAUAGACAAAUAUGACGGGAUCGUCUGUGUUGGUGGCGAUGGCAUGUUCAGCGAGGUCUUGCACGGCCUGAUUGGCAGGACUCAGAGGAACGCCGGCGUGGACCAGAACCAGCCCCGGGCAGCCCUGGUGCCCAGCCCGCUCCGGAUCGGCAUCAUCCCCGCAGGGUCCACAGAUUGCGUGUGUUUUUCCACGGUUGGCACGAAUGACGCGGAGACAUCGGCUCUGCACAUCAUCGUGGGGGACUCACUGGCCAUGGAUGUGUCCUCGGUCCAUCACGGCUGCGCGCUGCUGCGGUACUCGGUGUCCCUGCUGGGCUACGGCUUCUACGGGGACGUCCUCAAGGACAGCGAGAAGAAGCGCUGGAUGGGUCUCAUCAGAUACGACUUCUCAGGUUUGAAGACCUUCCUCUCGCAUCACUGCUACGAAGGGACAGUGUCUUUCCUGCCAGCGCGGCACACAGUGGGGUCUCCCAGGGACCGGAAACCCUGCCGCGCAGGAUGCUUCGUGUGCAGGCAGAGCAGGCAGCAGCUGGAGGAGGAGCAGAAGAAGUCGCUCUACGGCUUGGCGGACCCCGAGGAGGUGGAGGAGUGGAAAGUCGUCUGCGGGAAGUUCCUGGCCAUCAACGCCACAAACAUGUCCUGUGCUUGUCCCCGGAGCCCCCAGGGCCUGUCCCCGGCCGCCCACCUGGGGGACGGCUCUUCUGACCUCAUCCUCAUCCGGAAAUGCUCCCGGUUCAACUUCCUGAGAUUCCUCGUCAGGCACACCAACCAGUACGACCAGUUCGACUUCGAGUUCGUCGAGGUUUAUCGCGUCAAGAAGUUCCAGUUCGUGUCGAAGCAGGCGGAGGACGAGGGCGGCGACCUCAAGGAGAGGGGGAAGACGCGCUUUGGGCAGGUCUGCAGCGACCCCUCGCCCUGCUGCUGCCCCGUGCCCAGCAGCUCCUGGAACUGCGACGGGGAGGUCCUGAGCAGCUCUGCCAUCGAGGUCCGGGUCCACUGCCAGCUGGUCCGCCUCUUCGCGAGGGGAAUCGAGGACCCCGCGGAAGAGUCACACGCCUGAGGUGCCGCCGCCCGUCGCCGCCUCGCUGCGCGUGGGGACCGUGAACGUUAUUUAAGAGAAUUACCGCAGACCAAUUACGUUGAUAUACACGUUUAAAUUUAGAAAUUUAUUUUUGAUAGUUAAAUCUUGAUUUUAGAAGAAACACCUAUGUCAGCAGUUCCGUGACCAAACCUGGCAUUUCCGGUUCUGUGUGACUCUCCGGGCCGGGUUUCACAUGACACAGUCACAGCCCGUGGCACCGGGAAGCUUGGGGGCGCUGGCUUCUUAGAUUUUACCGACACCAACAGCACGGGUUUUCCAAGGGCCCGUCAGUGGGUCUCCCGCAAUAAUUGUAGGGACGGAGAGCGUGAGGUCACACCAUCCGGACGGGCGGGGUCUCCCGGCUCUCGGACCCGCUGCCCACAACUUCCUCUGCAGUUGUGGCGAUCGGGUGUGGGACUCCUGCCGAGGACACUUCUGGAGCCUCUCUGUCCAGCGCGCUGGGGCCCUGCUCCCGGGACACCUCGGGAGCGAGCAUUGGCGUGGGGACACGGGCGGGCGCGGCCCUUGAUCUUGCUGUCUUCAUGGUCUUGAUUCUGGGACAGUCCGGCUGGUCAGCUGGACCAAUCAUGGGCCCUGGACACAGCGUCUGCGCUGGCUCGCAGCCGGGAAAACCCAGCUGCGCCCGACCCCCGGGCACCCUGCCCCUGUUGGGAGUUGGGGGCAGAGAGGCUUCCUGGGUGCAGGCCCCGAGUGCACACACGCGGUCCGGACUGGAGCUUUUCUUCACGCUCAGCUCUACGUAUUUAUUGAAACUGUUGUCUUUUCAGCCAGAAUAGCGUAAACGGCGUCUUCAGGGUUAGCAUUUUAGGUAGAUUUCUGCUGCAGCCCAGGGGUUCCCUGCGAGCGUGGCCGCGGCCCUGGGGCGGCCCCGAACGCACGGGUGGCCCUGUUUCCUUUGCAUCCCCGCUUGGCUCUACGGGAGACGCACCUAAAAUAGCUUUAUUUGAAAUACAAGAUGCGGCUCGAACUCCGGUUUGCAGAGAGAGGAAGCCGGUUGGGAGCGGCGUUUCCGAGGCCCCGGACCUCGCGCGGGCGCAGCCAGUCAUUUCAGCAUUAACAGACAUCCUAUAUUUUUAGCAUUUACUUGCAGUGUUUGUAUUUCGAAUAGACAUGAAAUGUCCUAUUUUAUCAUUCAAUCCCCGGUCAGACAAAAAGGGCAGCUUUAACUGGCUUUUAAAGUAAGAUCACAUUAUCAAGCGGUCGUGCAAAUCCAGUGGUUUAAUCAUUGGCGGGUGGGCGGAGAGUCAGCCUGUGGGAAGGGAGCCUUGCUGGCUGGUCCUGAUUCUCGGCGCCUGCCGCCGGUUGGGAGAAGCCAGACGGGGACCGCCUGGCAGGCCCGAGCGGGGGCGCCGCCCACGACCGCUCUGUGGACCGUGUCCCUCUGACGAGGUUCCCGAGACAUUCCUGGUCUGGCCUGAGGAAAGCCGCCCCGGCCGGAGCCCGCGUUUCACGCUCGCCGAGAAAGCCAGGCCCCCGGUUCCCGCACUGGAGUGGGUGCGAUUGUGCGAACACCCCGAGCGCCUGGUAACCUCCGCACGAGACAGGAGCACCUUCCAGACCUUCCCUCGUGCGGAUCUGAGCUCCCCGGCGGCCCCAGAUGGAGCCCCCGCGUACUUGAGAACUGCCGGCUGGCUCGUGAGAACUCAGAUCCCCGAGAAGGAUUCGUCUGGGCUUUGCCUGCCUGCGCGGCCCCUUGGCCCAAACGCCGCGCAGCACCCGCUCCGAGCAGGGACCUGGGCCCCCCCGUUCGCCGGGCACGCGCGGCUCUGUCCUUGUACAGUCUCGGGUCACGGGGCAGCGCGGAUGGAAAAGGCAGCUUCAUUUUCUUUUAAUCUUGCGGGUUUCAAGAUUAGGAAAUGGCAUAUUUGCCCUGAUAGGUUUGAGAAGACAAAAAUAAAGUCACUUUGGGCAGAGG